UUCUAGGAGGUGUGUCACCCGUCCUGUGAAACGUGAACUCGUCCCGUACGCACAUAUAAACAUACCCCGGAGUCGGAGAGCCGUAGGUGGUUGUAUAACGAAGGAAGGACAGAAACAACGCUGUUAUUAUUUCCUAGGCAAAUGGAGCUACUGGCAGUACUGAGUGUGUGUCUCUUGGCAACUCUGUCUCAGAGUGCAUCACCAUAUCUCAGAUUUGUCCCGAAGUACAUCAAGGCCAAAGAUAGGUCUGAAUGGCCACCUAAGUUCUGCAAUGGCCUUUCCUGUCCAAAAUUUGAAGUUCUUGAAAGUGUUAAAAAUGAAUACGAGACUCGAGAAUACUCUCAAUCCCAGUGGGUGAGCACCAACUCAGCUGGUGUAGACUAUGCGGAAGCAUCCAGGACCAACUUCAUGAGACUCUUCAACUACAUCUCUGGCAAGAACGCUGCUGGUAAGAAGAUUGCCAUGACGGCCCCGGUCAUCACAAAGAUCAUCCCGGGGGCAGGGCCAGCCUGUGAGUCCAACUUCACCAUGUCCUUCUUUGUGGCAGUGGAGAACCCACCCAUGCCCACCGAUUCUAAAGUCUUUCUGCAGAAGCUGCCUUCCCUCAGAGCUUAUGUGAGGUCUUUUGGGGGCUACCACAUGGAGAGCUUCACCCCAUGGUUGAAAGAGGCAGAGAAACUCAGUGGCUUCCUCAAGAAUACCACCUACUCCUACAUCACCGACUACUACUACAUUGGUGGCUAUGAUAGUCCCUUUAAGUUCUUAGACAGACACAAUGAAGUCUGGUUCAUUGCUAAAUAAGUGUCUUCAAAACUUCAGUUAAAAUAUCAAAUCUUUGGGUAUUGAAAACAGUAGUUGAGUUUAUUUCCCUAGGGCAUUCACAGCUUUUCAUUGACAAAUAAGUGCUUUCAAAACUUCAGUUAUAAGUUCACGUCUGUGUCUAUUGAAAACAAAGUACUUUGGCUUAAUUCUCUCAGGGCAUUCACAGCUUUUCAUUGACAAAUAAGUGUUUUCAAAACUUCAGGUAAAAGUUGACGUCUUUGGGUAUUGAAAACAAAGUGUUGGGGCUUAUUUCCUUCAGUGGCAUUCACAGCUUUUCUUUUUCACAGAUUGAAAUCUCAGUUUAUUUCAGUGCAAGCUCUUUGAUGAAUCUCUCAAAAUAAAUACCAUGUUUAGUAAAAUGAGCUCUCACCAGACCUGUGUCAGGAUGAGGAAUAGUGAUCAGACAUUGCAGGAGGGAAGUAUGUCCGAGUAGUCCCGAGUGAGUGUAAAUUAUAUAUUAGUGUCAAAGGUGGUGAUUUGUAUUAUGGACAUGUAUCAAUAAAUAAGUAAAAGAUCACAUCAGUGCAGCAGGUUUUGGUCUAUUAGAACAAAAUUAUUUUACAUUUUAUCUACUUAAGUAUGCUUGUAUAAUCUGUAUUGACAGAAAGCAAUAUUCCUUGUCUGUGAUGUCAGUGUAUUUUCAUCUUUGAUGUGUUGUUUUGGCUACAUUUACAUCUUGACAAUGAUCCAUAAAACUCAUGUUUGACUUUUUUUGUCUACAUUUUGUCUUAUGAAAAUCAUAUUUUUGUACAAAUAAAAUUUUUAAAAACCAUA